AUGAACUGUUUCGUGUUUCCGGUCGAUUCAUAACGUGAAAACUCGUAGUGCUGUGUUACUCAACUGCUUUUGAAAUUGUUCUACUUAAAGUUUUGGGGAUUAAAAAUGCCUUUGCGGUUAAGUUUCGCAAAAGAAAAACUCAGAUAUUACAAAGAUCUCCCUAAGAGCAUAUUGAUACAACAGAAUGCUGAAAUUAGAGUACCCGAAAGGCCAGUGAAAGCAAUUUUUGCAGGAACGGUCAUGAAAAGAAGUGUUGGGGCACCAGAAACAUUAAAAGUCAGAGUUUUAAAGAUGAAGCUUGAUAAAUAUAUUACAAAGUAUUAUUAUAAAAGGAUGGACUAUUGGGUGUUAGAAAAGGAUUUGAAUGCCAAGAUAGGAGACCUAGUUCUUAUUCGUCUAAUGGAUGAACCUUACACACCACGUGUAAAGUUUGAAAUUUACAAGCACUUGCAUCAGCUGGGUGAAAUGAUUUGUCCAGUAACUGGACGUGGAGUGAGAGGACUUGAAUAUGUUGAUCCAACUAGAACUGACCACAUUGGUAAUUUCCCAGAGAAGUGGCAAAAUAAUGUAAUGCACAAUACCAUGGUACAACAGAUGAGAUUGACGGAGCUUGGGCAAGAGUUAGAUGAAGACACAGACCAAAUAGAGGAUUUUGAUGGAGAAACAGAAGUUUAGUAAUAUGUUAAUUAAAUAUAUAUAAACACAAAA